UUCAAGCUCAUAUAUGUUUUACCCGUGUCGAGAAGUGCGUGAAUUUCAUCGAGUCCGUUUCGAGCCUAAUUUGUUAUAGCGUAACAAAUUCAUAAUUUGCUAUCAGUUUUGCUUACAUCCAAAGUCGCUUGAAAGAUGAAACAGCAGACAGUGUGUGUUCUUCUGGCGUUGCUACUAGUGACGGUGUCUUAUGCCGAUGCAACGGUCUUUGUUUAUGCUAAGACGUGCUCCGCUUGUAAGGCUUACGGAGCUAAAUACUGUGGGUAUGCGGGUGCCAAAGGAUAUGUUUCCUGCGACGGAGCGACGGCUAUAAGAAACUGUGAUGAUUGUAGGAAGCGAUUUGGAAGAUGCCAAGAAAGAUAUAUCACCGAGUGCUUCUUUGGUUGAGGACUUGAGUGUGCAGGAGACAAGUGUAAACUUAAUAUGUGAUACGAAAGCCUUUAUGUACAUUUGUAAGCGUACGGGAAAUAAAUUAUUUCAUCCUACACGAUAAA